AUGAAGUGUCAUUAUGAAUUACUUGGUGUUUCCCGUGACGUCGGGGACGAGGAAUUAAAAAAGUCUUAUCGGAAGUUAGCUCUUAAAUGGCAUCCAGAUAAGAAUCCUGAUAAUGCCGAAGAAUGUACUGUACAAUUUCGCCUUAUACAGCAAGCGUAUGAAGUUUUAAGUGACCCUCAAGAAAGAGCUUGGUAUGAUAAGCACAGAGAUGCAAUUCUUCAUGGAGGACUUGGCCGUGGAGAUUUUGAAGAUGACAGUCUGGAUGUUUUCCUGUAUUUUAAUUCAUCUUGCUAUUCUGGUUUUGGAGAUGAUGAUAAUGGUUUUUAUUCUAUCUAUAGAAAGGUGUUUGAAACUAUUGCUGAAGAAGACUACAAAUUUAUGGAUGAUGUUGAUGAUUUUGAAAUCCCUUCCUUUGGUUAUAGUGACAGCAACUACCAAGAGGUUGUCAACAAGUUCUAUGGAUAUUGGUCCAGUUAUUGUACUGCUAAAUCAUAUGUUUGGAAAGACAAAUAUGAUAUCCGUGAAGCUCCUGAUCGUAGAACUCGUCGUAUGAUUGAAGCAGAGAAUAAGAAAUUUAGAGAUGCUGCCAAAAAGGAAAGGAAUGAAGAAGUUCGACAACUGGUGGCUUUUGUUAAGAAGAGAGACAAAAGAGUAAAAGCUUAUAAGGAAGAAUUAGAAAAGAAAGCUGCUGAAAUUGCUCAGAAGAAUGAAGAAAAAAGAAAGGAACAGAUAAGAGAACGAUUAAAAUUAAUGGAGAAUUAUAAAGAAACAGAAUGGUCAUCUUCAUCUCAAGUUGAAAAUGAACUGAAACAGCUUGAAUCUUUACAUCAAAAAGAGUUUGGAGAUGACAGUUCAGAAGAUUCCUUGGGACAGGAAGAAGACGAGGAAGACAUAUCUGACUUGUUUUGUGUAGCUUGUAAUAAAGCUUUUAAGAGUGACAAAGCGUUUGCUAAUCAUGAACGGUCCAAGAAACAUAAAGAAAAUGUUGCUUAUUUGAAACAAGAAAUGGAAAAAGAGGAAGAACUUCUGUCAAAUAUUGCUCAUGAGAAUAAUGUUUCUGAAGAGAACGUCUGUGACUUUCAAAUGGAUGCUGAGAAGACAAAUGCAAAUAUUGAAGAAGAACUGGACACAGAAGAAAUAACAUCAGACAGAAAACAUAAGCUAUCAAAGAAACAGAAGAAGAAGAAAAAGCAACAGCGACUUCUUGCCCAGCCAAAUGAAGAGGAAGAAGUUGACAAUUUAGGUGAUGUCACUAAAAUUCUUGAUGAGAAGCUGGAAAUAAAUGACAAAUUUAAACUAUCUCCAAAGACUCCACCUGAGCCAACAAAGCAAUCAGAUAAAAACACACCACCAGAAUCUAUUAAAGAAUCUCUACAGGACUUGCCUGAACGGCAGCAAAAACCAAAGAAACAUAUUGUUGAAGAGAAAAAGCCUGUACAACUACACUUUUGUAACACAUGUAGCAAAGAUUAUCCAACCCGCAAUAAACUUUUUGAACAUUUGAGAGAAAGUGGACACCAGAACCGAAUUCCUAAUUCAAACUUGCCCAGUACAACUGCUCAAGACAUUCCUUUCAGGCGGGUCGACAGCCUGACUUCAACAUUCCUGGGUUGGCUCUAG